GAAAGUUUCUAGAGCCUGAGUAACGCCGGCAAGUCAGCUCUGUUCAGCUAGUUCAUCCGAGUACCGGCGCAACUUGCAGAGGUGGUGGCGAUGCUGUCGGACACUUUGACAGCGGCAGCCGAACGUGAGGACUCGGAGUUGCGGUGCCGCGUGACUGUGGAGGAGCUGAGCCCGGGAGGGCAGCCGCGAAGGCGCAAGGCCCUACGCACCGCGGAGCUGAGGCUGGGUCGUAAUGAGCGGCGCGAGUUGAUGCUGCGGCUGCAGGCGCCUGGGCCUGCGGAGCGGCCCCGCUGCUUCCCCCUACGCGCCGCGCGUCUCUUCACUCGCUUCGCCGCCUCCGGGCGCAGCGCGCUGCGGGUCCCCGGGGACAGCGCUCCCGGGGCGGGCGCGGUGCAGUUGCUGCUCUCGGACUGCCCCCCAGAUCGACUGCGCCGCUUCCUUCGCACUCUGCGCCUCAAACUGGCUUCGGCCCCGGGUCCUGGGCCGCCCUCCUCCCGCACGCAGCUGCUUGGCCCGCGGUCCCGCGACUUCUUUACCAUCAGCCCUGUGCAGCCGGAGGAGCUGCGACCCGCAGUGUCCACCCGGGGCCCAGACACCAAGCCGGUGAAGCGGCCCACGGAGUCCCAGGAAGGCCCAAGGUGGCCCCUGCCAGUGAAGAGGCUGAGCUUGCCCCCCACCAAACUACAGCUUUCUGAGGAACAGGCUGCGGUGCUGAGGGUCGUCCUGAAAGGCCAGAGCAUUUUCUUCACAGGAAGUGCAGGGACAGGGAAGUCUUAUCUGCUGAAGCGUAUCCUGGGCUCACUGCCUCCCACAGGCACUGUGGCCACUGCCAGCACUGGGGUGGCAGCCUGCCACAUCGGGGGCACCACCCUCCACGCCUUUGCAGGCAUUGGCUCAGGUCAGGCUCCCCUGGCCCAAUGUGUGGCCCUAGCCCAGCGGCCAGGUGUGCGGCAAGGCUGGCUGAGCUGUCAGCGGCUGGUCAUUGACGAGAUCUCCAUGGUGGAGGCGGACUUAUUUGACAAGCUAGAGGCCGUGGCCAGAGCUGUCCGGCAGCAGAAUAAGCCAUUUGGAGGGAUCCAGCUCAUCAUCUGUGGGGACUUCCUACAGCUGCCACCAGUAACCAAGGGCUCCCAGCCCCCACAAUUCUGCUUCCAGGCCAAGAGCUGGAGGAGGUGUGUCCCAGUGACCCUGGAGCUGACCAAGGUGUGGAGGCAGGCAGACCAGACCUUCAUCUCUCUGCUGCAGGCUGUGAGGCUGGGCAGGUGCUCAGAGGAGGUGACCCACCAGCUUCAGGCUACGGCCACCCACCAGGUGGGGCGAGAUGGGAUUGUGGCCACGAGGCUCUGCACCCACCAGGAUGAUGUGGCCCUUACCAAUGAGAGGCGGCUGCAGGAACUGCCAGGUAAGGUACACAGCUUUGAGGCCAUGGACAGUGAUCCUGAGCAAGCCCGGACCCUGGAUGUCCAGUGUCCCGUUAGCAAGCUACUCCAGCUAAAGCUGGGGGCCCAGGUGAUGCUGGUGAAGAACUUAGCAGUGUCCCGAGGCCUGGUGAAUGGCGCCCGAGGGGUGGUAGUUGGGUUCGAGACGGAGGGGAGAGGGCUGCCCCAGGUGCGAUUUCUGUGUGGAGUCACUGAGGUCAUCCGUGCUGACCGCUGGACAGUGCAGACUACUGGGGGCCAGCUGCUCAGCCGGCAGCAGCUACCCCUCCAGCUGGCCUGGGCGAUAUCCAUCCACAAGAGCCAGGGCAUGUCCCUGGAUUGUGUGGAGAUCUCUCUGAGCCGUGUGUUUGCCAGUGGCCAGGCCUACGUGGCCCUUUCCCGGGCCCGCAGCCUGCAGGGCCUGCGUGUUCUGGACUUCGACCCCACGGUGGUUCACUGUGACCCCCGUGUGCUACGCUUCUAUGCCACCCUGAGGCGGAGCAGUGACCUUGGACUGGAGUCCCCAAAUGACGAUGACGCAGUCUCAGACCAGGAGAAUGUGGACCCAAAUCUCUGAGUCGCAGAGAGAAGACAAAGGAUGGUCUCCCCUUCCUCCUGCUCCCAGGCCGGUCAGGGCCCAGGGAUAGCAGGAGGAGGCUGUGCCCCUUUCUCCCUUCACUGGGGCCUCUCAGCCUCCUGCAGGGGUCUGAGCAUAGUACUUCCCACCCAUUUGCCCUCUGUGCCUCAGUUUCUCCCCUUGCCCUAGAUGAGCUGCUUCCAGGGUCAGAAGUAACCUUUUCUGUGCCCAUUGGGAGUGGGCCAGGUAUUAGAGCACAGAGUUGUCUGCGAGGGUUGGCCGCAGGCCUGUGGGCAUGAAUGCUGCCCCCUUCGGGCUGCAGAGGGGAGAGGUGCUCCAGGGGCAGGAAUAGGCCACGUGGAACCUGAGGUGAUUUCCCAGCUAGGCCCAGCCUAGCACAGCCAGGACAGACACCUCCUGAGCCUGGCAACGUGAGGAUACGCACAGCAAACCGUGCGCCUGUAUCUUAAGCUGCUUUCAGGGAUAAGAAGUAGUGUGUAGGGAUUGAAAUGGAUGUUCUCAGAUUGUAUUUAUUUUGGGCAAAUAAACAUGUGAAUUGCGCAA